CCCCCCCCCAUAAAGACAUGUAAACAUGUAAGCAGGGGACAUUACUGAGCAUGCUAUUAUGAGUAUGUAUUUAUAUAUGGGUGUUAUUAAUAUUAUAGAUGUACAUGCUGCCAGUUCAGCCCAGCAAAAAAACAAAUAAAUAAAUGUCAUCGUGUGACUCGGCGGUAGAAAGUAACUAAGUACAUUUACUCCAGUGCUGUACUGAAGUAUAAUUUUGUGCUAUAUGUAAAUCAGUGUUGCAGGAGGUUUGGCAAUCCUUAAUAGAGUAAAAGUACUAAUACCACAUUGUAGAAAAGGAAAAGUCCUGCUUUGCAAACAUUUAAGUAAAUAUUCUAACUAUAAUCAGUGAAGUGACGCCUACUUAAAAGAACUCAAAAGUAAAUGUAGAUAAAUAACCACUCUGUAUGUCCACUCUGUACGUCUCUGUGUUACUAUUAUACAUUAUUUAAUAGAUUAUUACUGCAUUCAGAUGUAAACAGCAUUUUACUGUUGCAGCUUGUUGGGUUAUAGAGGUCAUUUCUAAUUAUUUUAUAGGCUUCAGCUAAUUAUUAUUUUCAUUGUGGAUUGGCCUAAAUCUGUUGGUUAUUUCUUGACUUAUCUUGUAAACAGUGAAUAGAAACCUCCCAACGUGCACAUCACCAGGGACACUCUCCAGUGUCUUGUCUUGUCCACCAAUGAUUUUUGUAAUUCCAAUAAUUAUAAUGACAAAAUUAAUUAUCAGGAUAAAUACAAGGAAUGCAGCAUACCUUCUCAUUUGAGAGGUGGGAACCACGAAACAUGUGUUGCUUGACAAAUUAGCCUACAGUACUUUAAGGAUUAGAUCUUUAUUUUUAAAAAAGCUCAAGUUAAUUUUCUAUCAAUUGACAAAUCAAUCAAUUUAAAAUGUUUUAUAUCAACUUGUAUGUACAAAGCAUCAUAUUCAAUAAACUCGUCAUGAGUUUUGAACAUAAAAUCUUCAUUUGUAAAGCAAAUAUCAAUCCGUGGCAUCUUGUUGAAUCAAGACAUUUAUCUAUUAAACACUCAACUUUCACUUUUUAUGGUAAGGUAUGAAAAAAACCACAUCCACCUAAAAUGUCUUUCAAGGGCUACCGUACUGCAGAGUAGUUGCUAGGCAACCGGAGCUGCGUUUGCUUCCCCUCUUUCCGUCUCAAUGGCUGAAAGAAGUUUGAAUAAAAAGGCUCAGUCCGCCGUUUCACAGAAACAGAGACGUCCAUCCUCCAGGUCGACCAGUGAGAGGUCUAAGACAGCUGAAGUAGGACCACAGGUCACAUCUGCUUCUGUUCCCAAAAAGAAGCCCACGGGUGAGCAAACAGGUUGUCACCUGCUUGCUCAGGAAGAAAAAUACAAACUCUUAAAUGCAGAGCUAGAGGCCAAAACAACAGAACUAGUAAAGCAGGCAGAACAGCUCAUGAGAGAACAGAGUAAAGUUCUGUCAAAGCCGUUAUCCACCCUCCUGCUUUCGGACAAUGAAGACGAAGAGGAUUCAAGAAUAUCACGCAUCAUGCGUCCUGGAACAAAAGGAAAAGAGCCUCACUGUAAAACAGCAAGCUUGUCUCGUGCAGAUGAGUCAGCAGCUGGUGAAGAUUUAUUUCUAGCAAAGUUGAUUCGUGGCAUGGAGGAGAAGAUGAAGGACACUGACAUUCAUGACAUUGUUGGGGAUGACCCCGAUGUGUUUGAUGCUGGAGACAAUGUUGGAUCAGCCGUUUCAGAAGCUCAGAUGCGGGUUCUCAAUGCAAAGCUACGGAUUAUGCACGAAGAACUGGAUCAACUCUCAUGUGAAUGUUACAGGAAGGAUGAUCAAAAUGCUGAGCUCAGUGCAAAGAUUAAGGAGAUGGAGGUGGACCGAGCCAGAGUACAGAAGACCACAAGCACUCAGCAAAAACAGAUUGAGAAGCACAGAGCUUUAGCAGAGGAGUCAACCAAAAAAUGUGAUAGUCUUCAACUGCAAGUGUCUGGAUUAAAAAAGGAAAUAGAAAAUCUGAAUAGGUCCAACAAACAAACAGCAGCUGUCCACAGCGCCACAGAGGUUCGUCUGAACAGAGCUCUGGAGGAGGUGGAGAGGUUAAAGACUCAGCUGAACAAGAUGAAACAGGCGAAUAAGGACAACAUAAGCACGGACCAUCAGAGCAAAGAAAAUCUACUUGCUGAAAACAAAAUGCUGAAAAAGCAGAAAGCAGAACUCGUUGUGGGUUUCAAGAAGCAGCUCAAACUGAUUGACAUUCUCAAAAGGCAAAAGAUGCAUUUUGAGGCCGCCAAGCUGCUGUCGUUCACGGAAGGCGAGUUCCUGAAAGCUCUGGACUGGGGGAAGUCGUAAACACUGACAGACUCAGCAUAUCAUUUUUUUGGUUCAAGGUGUCCAGGUCAAUUUAUACAUUUAUAAAUAAAUUCCUGUGUGUUGUUAAGUUAAAGUUGUCACCUUGGAGUCCUUCAGAAUCCAGUUAGUUUUACUAAUAAAGUUUAGAUUUGGAGAUA